AUGACCACAGAUAGGCCGUUUCCAGCUUUGCAUGGUGCACCUCACUCUUUCCCUGCCCCUAUAGGAGGGGCAGGAAAUGGUCCACCCAUCCAGCCUAAUCCUACUGCUCCUCAUCCUCACUGGAUGCAGCCACAUCCUGGAGCCCAUCCACCUGGUCCACAUCCCAUGGGUCUGUUGCAUUCUCACCCCAUGGGCCUAAUGCCACCGCCUCCACCUCCACCGCCUACUGGGCCAGCACCUCCUCCACCACCUCCAUCAGCCCCAACUUUGCCACCUUGGCAGCAACAAGCAUCUGCUGCUCCUCCACAACCAACAGCACCUCUUCCUUGGCAGCAAACAUCACAAACCACAAAUUCUGCCUCUGCUUCCCUUCCUCCGUGGCAGCAGCAGGGAGGAGCUAACGCGUCAACAGGCACAAGUAUCCAGACGAGUGCUUCCUUGGUGCCACCUCCUCCGGGUGUUCAGCCUCCACUUCCACCUAGUGCUCCACCACCCCCACCUCCACCACCUCCAGGAACAUCUGGCCUUUUGUAUGCCCCACCACCACCUCCUCCACCUCCAAUAGAUCCUUCUAACUUUGUAACAAUGAUGGGUAUGGGUGUUCCAGGUAUACCUCCAUUUUCUAUGCCCCCUGCUCCUCCGCCACCACCUCCCCAAAACUAA